GAGAGGGCGGUGGUGAUGGGAGACACAACAAAAAACAAUGCAGAAAAGAGAGGGGAGGACUCCUUCCCCCAUCCAUUCACCUCCUCUCCUUUUCCCAUGCCAUUUAAUUUGAUUGCUUGGUGGACUCCUCCCUUCCAUUGGAUUGUACAGAGUCUGACCUGCACGCCCUAUCUCACCCUGCAAUUUCUUUCCCUUUUUCCCCUUCCAUCCUUCCUCUCCCUUCUCCAGCAUCUUUCCUCUUUCUUUCCUGCUUUCCUCCCUCUGUGGUCUUCUUGGGCUGGAAAGAAGAAUUCUGGAGUUCUAAAAGUUGGUUUUUUUCUGAAAAGGGGCCUCUGCUAGCUGUUACUGUGUUCUGAGUCGUUUCAUGUCCUGGUGGUUUUUCGUUUGGAGGGCUGCAAGAAUCUAUUGAAGCCUUUCUAGUUUUAGCACAAUUUCUCACAUGAAAAUACAAUUCUUUUCUUCUUCUUCUUCUUCUUCCUGUGUUGCUGAUUUCUGUUGGGAUUAGAAGGGGGAGAGGGAGGGAGUGGAACACAUGGGAAAACAAGGACCUUGCUGCCAUUGUGGAGUUACAAGUACCCCUCUUUGGCGGAAUGGACCAUCUGAUAAGCCAGUUCUAUGCAAUGCAUGUGGUUCUAGGUGGAGGACCAAAGGUUCAUUGAUGAACUAUGUACCACAGCAUGCUCGUGAAGGUUUUGCCAUGGAUGGGCUAAAAUCCUCAAAAAUAAAAAACUUAUCCUUCAAACCCAAAGAACAGAAGUUGCAAAUGGAAAAGCAAAGAGAUGGUAUGUUGGGAAGUGACUGUGAAAUGCAGUAUUGUGACCAGAACUUUCACAAGAUCGUCAAGGGUAUUAUAAGCAAUGGAUCCGGUUCUGAGUCAGCCAUAUCAGGCUCAGACAGCUGUGUACAAUUUGGCUCUGCUGAUGCAAGUGACGUGACAGGUUCAGUGCAGUCACAUGUAUGGGAUUCACUAGUGCCAUCGAAGAAGAGGACAUUUGUAACUCGGCCGAAGCCUUCUCCCGUUGAAAAGCUCACAAAGGACUUAUGUUCCAUAUUACAUGAAGACCAAUAUUCUAAUCUGUCAAUAAUCUCAGAAGAUGAUCUGCUUUACGAUAGCGGGACGCCACUUGGCUCGUCUGAGAUCGGGUAUGGAGGUGUACUCAUAAAUCAUCCACAUUCAAAAUCUGUAGAGGAGGAAUCUGAAGCUAGCUCACUUCCAGUAGAUAAAUCAUACACUACCAAUGAAGGUUAUUCUGGUUCUCCUGUAAAUACUGAGAGCAAAAGAACAAGUUUUCUGAAUUCUGCUGCUACGACACAAAUGUCCCAAGAGAUUGUGAAAAGGGAUAAAAGCUCACAUGAAAACUUAAACAUCCUGCAAGAUAGAGAUUCUCCUUUAAGUUCUGCAGAUUUAAAUGUUGUCAUCAACUUUGAGAAUUUUAUGGAAUAUCUGACGGAUGAGGAACAACAACAUUUGAUGAAAUAUCUACCAUCUAUAGACACUGCUAAACCUCCUGAAACCCUCAAAAGCAUGUUUGCCGGUCCCCAAUUUUUGAAGUCGUUACCGUACUUCCAGCAACUGCUUCAAGAAGGAGUUUUUGAUCUCUCCUUGUCAGAAGCAAAUGCUGAAGAGCGCAGGACAUUGAAGAGGCUUGUACUAUUAAAUUGCAUCAAUCUUCAGUGGUUAGAGUACUAUCAACAGAUAAAGGAUGCAUCUUCUAAGAAGAUAAAAGGAGGAAAUGAAACAUCAAACCGACAAAAUCUUCCUGGUCUUUCUAACUUGGCAUCCAUGAAAAGGCAUCAGGAUAAACAAAAUAAGACCUAUCCAGACCUGAAGAGUACUAUGAGAAGUCCUAAAAGAGUGUGCAGAUCCGAGGGCAUGAAUCCUCCUUCAAGAUGCUCAACUCAGCUGGAACCUUGGGACAGAGGGGACUCUGUGGACCAUGAUGGUGCUUGCUUCAGUCCAAGAAGAAUCUUUGCAUCUCCUCCCCGUAGGAGCUCCAUCUUACCCCCACCGCCGUCCAUCGCUGACGAUUCCGAAGGCGACUUGCUUCUGGAUGUCACUUCCGGUGCAUCAUUUGCUGAAGCAGAGCUUCUGUAUCAUCCAUGGAAACAGAAAGCAGACCAUGAUAAGUGAGCAAGGCAUUGGUGGCCGAGUUGAUGGGUGUUUGUGUGAACAGUGAACAGUGAAGGGGUGGAGGUGCAGAGGUCGUAUGUAUUGCCAAUAAAGAAAACGAGUGCUCAUCACUAGCACUGUGCCUGCAUUGCAGUCCUGUAAUGUUUGUUGACGCGCUCACUCUUGCAAACUGGUGCCUCCUACUAUGGGCAGCCUACUUGAACGUCUACAAGUCAUAUGGGAAUAAUACGUGAUCAGUGGUUGACACCUGGA